CUUACUUCCAAUCAGACAGCUCCCGGCUUCGAUCUUUUGCAAAGAUUCGUCGUGUGCAGUGGGGAAAAAGGUUAGACUUAAAUCUACAAAAUGGACCCGAACUUCGUCAGCAAAUGCUCUAGGGAAGAGCUUAUCCAUUUGGCGAAGAUGGCCGAACAAGCUGAACGCUACGAUGAUAUGGUUAACGCUAUGAGCGCUGUGACGAAGGAAGGGAAGCCUCUAAAUGACGAGGAAAGGAACUUACUGUCCGUCGCCUACAAGAACGUGGUGGGAGCUAGGCGUUCGUCUUGGCGAGUAAUCUCCAGCAUGGAGCAAAAAGCCCCAGAAGAGAUGGCGGCACUCACUAAGAAAUAUCGAGAAGAUAUAACGAACGAGCUAAAUGGAAAAUGCGCCGAGGUGCUUGAUAUUUUAGAAAACUACUUACUCAAGGACGGCCAAGAUGAUAUUAAUACCGAGGCUAAGGUGUUUUACCUUAAGAUGAGGGGAGACUACCACCGAUAUUUAGUCGAGGUUGCCGAGGGAGAUAGCAGGAAAGAAAAUAUCGAAAAAUCCAGGGAAGCAUACAAAGAUGCAAGCGCCAAGGCAGAAGAAUUGUCACCGUCCCAUCCCAUCCGACUCGGACUGGCUCUGAAUUUCUCAGUAUUUUACUACGAGAUUGAGAACAAGCCACCGGAGGCAUGUAAACUUGCAAAGGAGGCAUUCGACGACGCGAUUGCAGUCUUGGAUAACUUGAAGGAUGAAUCGUACAAGGACAGUACACUUAUUAUGCAGCUUCUCCGGGAUAAUCUAACGCUGUGGACGUCGGAGCAAGACCAAGAAGGACAGGACGAUGAUUAGCAAGUUGCCAUUUCCGAGGAAUUUUACAGUCAUGUACUAAAAGAGGUACUAGCUUGGCCAAUGCUAGAUAAACAAAAGUCUUUGGUUCGUAAAAUAUUUUUGUUCACUGCUUUUCAAGCCGAACUUUUCCGAUUAUCUCGCAUUGUUCUUGACAUAGCUGCCAAUACGAACGUUGACAAAUACCCCCAUAGAGAAGUGCCUUCUUUCUUGUUUGUGUGUUCGUAUAAAAACACAUCUGAUUAUUGCCGGCAUCUAAAAAAUUACUCUAUCUAUGCAUAGCGUAUUUAAAUUCCAUAGAAUUCCAACAAAUGUGUAACGGCAGUUCUGGUUAGGUUGUAUUGUACGCAAAGUGUUUCAGUAUUUUGAAUAAAGCGAUGUAAAACA